GCUUCAUAGAUAAAAAUAUUUACUUUCUUGCAACUAAUGGAGCAUGUGGUAUCCAGAAUUACAUGAGAAUAAGGUAAAGAUAUUCUCAGGUUUGAAGUAAUUUAGAAAAUGAAGGACAUAAAACAGAAGCAGAUCCUGGCUUAUUGCUCUCUGACAGCUGGCUUUGGUUUGCUGAGUAGCGCCUACAAUUUCUACUAUGUUAAAGUCUUUCUGAACUUCUACCACAUACAGGAAUCCUGGUUUCAGUUGUCACAGAUCCUAUUCUUGGUUUGGAAUGCCAUCAACGAUCCCCUGUUUGCUUACUAUUCAGAUAACAAAAACUUCAAAAUUCUCAAAACUCGACGGAAUAUGAUUCUGUACUCGGCUCCAUUUUUCUCCUUGUCCUUCUUAAUACCAUGGUUUCAGUGGAGUACAAAUCCUGUCAUUGUAGGUCUUCAUUUAAUUUUUGCAUUGUGUUUCUGGGACACACUCUUCACUUUUAUCGGAUUGACAGCGUGUUGUCUUUUCACCGAGAUUUCACAGGACAAUGAGAUGAGAAUCACCCUAACUCGUGCCUCACAAGUGGCCUCAUUAUUCAGUUCCUUCAGUGUCAUGGUGCUAGAACACGCUUCUAAUGGCCUACAAGAUUUCCAAGCAUUCCAAGUGACCACAGUACUGAUAGCAAUAUUAAGUUGGUUCUUAAUGUAUUACUGUGGAAAAAAUUGCCACACCCAAUACGAUCUGCAGCAAAUGCAGCAGGGGGAAAAGUCCCCGGAUGAAGUGUGUCACAAGAGAACUGGGCAUGAGUCGUACUGGCAGCAGACAUGGCAGAUCGUCAGAGAUAUCAAUUUUAUUUCGUUUGUAGUCACCAACUUCUUUCAGGAAUUUCAUCGUACGUUCCUCCACAGUUUUAUGGCCAUUGUUUGUGAUCAGUUAAUAACGGCUGAUGAAAUCAGUCAAUCUUCUAGGAGUACCUUUUAUGGUGGUGUUCCAUUUAUGUCGAAGAUUCUAGUGAUAUCGAUAGCUCCUAUACUACGUCAUUUCUCCUACAAGAAGGUGAUCCGCGCCAACUUUAUUUGGAAAAUCUCGGGAGGUCUUGUUAUGUACUAUUUCAUUGGGGACGGCCAUCCCUGGAUUUUGAUGGGAUUCCUUUUAAUAGAUAAAAGUUUUGCCAAUGGUACAUUUUCACUCUUCAAUCUGCCGUUGUCGGAUAUCGCUGAUGCCAAUAUGAUAAAGUACAAAAGAAAGCAUCCAAUCACCUCGAUGGUAUUCGGAAUGAAUGCUUUAUUUGUGAAACCGGCCAUCUCACUGUCUCCCAUGUUAGUUGUUGCAAUUCUUAACAGAUAUGGGUUCAGCCAAAUAAAACAAUCAACAGGGGACAUACCUAGCCCCUCAGUUAACCCCCUUACUUCGACACAGCUAGAAGACCUGAAAGGGACCAUGUUUUCUUUGGUUUGUUUGUACCCGGUUGUUCUAGGAACAAUCCAAUUGAUUAGCUGGUCAUUUUACAGAGUAUUGAAUUAUAGGACAAAGGAAGUUGAUGUAUAAAGAUAAAAUUACGUAAUAAAUAUGUUAUAAAUUGA